GACAACUCAUGGGGCCCCCGGGCAAUAGGGGAUCAUGGGGCCCCUGUGUCCUUGCCCAAACUCAAAAAAGCCUAUGAAAAAUGUACCAGGGGCAUCUCAUGGGGCCCCCUACUGACCCCGGGCCCUCGCGCAGUGCCCGAGUUUCCAAAUGGUCAGUCCGCCCCCGCUUUGGAAUAAAAAUGUUGAGAAAGCGGCUGUCGGCUUGUAGUUUGUAGUGAACUACGACGGCGCUCUGGAGUGCCAUGGUAG